CAGGUGUUCCAAUCCCCUCCAUAUCAUGUGAUUCAGGUGUUCCAAUCCCCUCCAUAUCAUGUGGUUCAGGUGUUCCAAUCCCCUCCCAAUCAUGUGAUUCAGAUGCUCCAAUCCCCUCCAUAUUAUGUGGUUCAGGUGUUCCAAUCCCCUCCAUAUUAUGUGGUUCAGGUGUUCCAAUCCCCUCCCUAUCAUGUGAUCCAGGUGUUCCAAUCCCCUCCAUGGACACAGGUGUAUACAAUCAAGCCCCUAGACAUGCAGACGGCUUCUGCAAACAUUGGUGAAAGAAUGGGUCGCUCUCAGGAGCUC